ACCCACCGCUCACACAUCUUCUCGAAAUCUCUUGGGUUCCAAACCACACUCCUCUCCUCUCCCUCACCUCGGCCGCUGCGCUGCACUCGACUCCUCUCAUCCUCUCCCCCUCCUGCCGCUCCGGCGAAGGCGAAGGGGAAGGCGAGCGCGCGCUCGGGCCGGCGCGAUGGCGGCGCUGGAGCAGAUCAGCAGCACGAAGAUGUUCGGCGGCCGCAACCUCCGCUUCCGCCACCAGAGCGCCACCCUCGGCUGCCCCAUGACCUUCUCCCUCUUCGUCCCGGCGUCUCCGGCGUCCAACCUCCCCGUGCUGUACUGGCUCUCCGGCCUCACGUGCAACGACGAGAACUUCAUUAUCAAGGCCGGUGCGCAGCGCGCCGCUGCCGCCCACGGCAUCGCCCUCGUCGCCCCCGAUACCUCCCCACGUGGGCUUAAUAUAGAGGGAGAGGCAGACAGUUGGGAUUUUGGUGUUGGUGCUGGAUUCUAUUUGAAUGCCACAAAUGAAAAGUGGAAAAAUUGGCGCAUGUAUGACUAUGUUGUGAAGGAGCUUCCAAAAGUUUUAAGUGACAACUUUGAACAGCUGAACACUUCACGGGCAUCCAUUUUUGGGCACUCAAUGGGAGGGCACGGUGCACUAACAAUCUAUUUGAAGAACACUGAUAAAUACAAGUCGGUGUCUGCAUUCUCUCCUAUUGCCAACCCAAUAAACUGCCCCUGGGGUCAGAAAGCAUUCUCAAACUAUUUGGGCCCGAGUAAAUCUGAUUGGGAGGAAUAUGACGCAACCUGCCUGAUCAAAAAGUGCAACAAAAUUUCAACUCCUAUCCUAAUUGAGCAGGGAGAGGACGACAAAUUUCUGGCAGAGCAGCUUCUACCUCGCAACUUUGAGGAGGCGUGCAAGGCUGUGGGAGCUCCUUUGACACUCCGCAUGCAACCUGGAUACGACCAUUCCUACUUUUUCAUUGCUACAUUCAUUGAUGAUCACAUUGCCCACCACUCUCAAUUUCUGAACAGUAACUGACUACCAAGUUACUUGUAGUGAGGCCAUGGAGAGACAGGGGAAGCUUUCAAUCCUUCUACUAUCUGUAGUAUUAUCUGUCUGCCCAGACAACUUCAGGUGUCAAAUAGUAUCACCAGCUGGAAAUAAGAUGAAUGAUUAGGCUUUGCAGGCUAUUCAAGUACAGUAGAAUGGGAGCCUGAUAC